UUUCCUCUCUGUCAUCUCUCCCACUUCACCGUAGGAACAACGAUGGCCUCUUCGUCAUCUGACCUCCUCGUGAAGGCCUUCCUUCUCUCAUGCAUCGCGUUGCUUGCUCUCUCGGACGCCGCAGUCGCCCCACCAACCGGCAUAACCAGGCAUUACAAGUUCGAUAUCCAAAUGGCAAAUGCAACACGACUGUGCCACACCAAGUCCAUUGUGACCGUCAAUGGUCAAUUCCCGGGGCCAAAGAUAGUAGCGAGAGAAGGCGAUCGAGUUGUCGUCAAGGUGGUUAACCAUGUCGAGCACAAUGUCACCUUGCAUUGGCAUGGCAUUCGGCAAUUGCGAAGUGGUUGGGCCGAUGGACCGGCUUAUGUGACCCAAUGCCCGAUUCAAACCGGCCACAGCUACGUGUACAACUUCACCAUCGUGGGCCAAAGAGGCACCUUCUUCUGGCACGCCCACAUCUCGUGGCUGAGAGCCACCCUCUACGGCCCCAUCGUCGUCCUCCCCCAGCUGGGGGUUCCCUACCCCUUCGCCAAACCCUACAAAGAAGUCCCCGUCAUCCUGGGGGAGUGGUGGAAGGCUGAUGCGGAGGCCGUCAUCAGCCAGGCACUUGAGACUGGUGGAGGACCGAAUGUGUCAGACGCCUACACCAUCAAUGGCCUCCCUGGUCCUUUCUACAAUUGCUCCGCUAAAGAUACGUUCAAGCUGAAGGUGAAGCCGGGGACGACGUACUUGCUCCGCCUCAUCAACGCUGCACUCAACGACGAGCUCUUCUUCGGCAUCGCCAACCACACCCUCACCGUCGUCGAUGUCGACGCUGUCUACGUGAAGCCCUUCGAAAGUGAUGCCCUCCUCAUCUCACCAGGCCAAACCACCGACGUCCUCCUCCGCGCCAAGCCUGAUUACCCUAAUGCCAUGUUCUUCAUGAGCGCCAGCCCAUACGUCACCGGAUCUGGCACAUUCGACAACUCGACCGUCGCCGGCGUCCUCGAGUACCGUAAUCCCAAUAGUUCGUCCCGGGCCAGCUUCAAUAGUAAGCUCCCACUGUAUAAACCCACCCUUCCGUCCCUGAACGACACCUCCUUCUUCGCCAACUUCACCGGCAAGUUACGGAGUCUGGCGACGGCUCGGUUCCCGGCAAAUGUACCGCAGGCCGUCGACCGGCGCGUCUUCUUCACCGUGGGCCUCGGUUCGAGCCCCUGCCCGGAGAACCAGAUGUGCCAGGGGCCAAACGGCACCAAGUUCUCGGCGACCGUCAACAACGUCUCCUUCGCGCUGCCGACCACCGCCCUCCUGCAGGCGCACUUCCUGGGGCAGUCGAGGGGCGUCUACAUGCCGGACUUCCCCGUCACCCCGCUGAUGCCGUUCAACUACACAGGGACUCCGCCCAACAACACGUUGGUGGGCAACGGGACGAAGCUAAUGGUGCUCCCCUUCAACACCAGCGUGGAGCUUGUGAUGCAGGACACCAGCAUUCUAGGAGCAGAGAGCCACCCGCUGCACCUCCAUGGCUUCAACUUCUUCGUCGUGGGGCAAGGAUUCGGCAAUUACGAUCCGGCGAAGGACCCGACCAAGUUCAACCUGGUGGACCCCGUGGAGCGGAACACCGUAGGGGUGCCGGCCGGCGGCUGGGUGGCCAUCCGUUUCCUGGCGGACAACCCGGGUGUGUGGUUCAUGCACUGCCACUUGGAGGUGCACACGAGCUGGGGUUUGAAGAUGGCCUGGUUGGUGUUGGAUGGAAGCCUUCCUCACCAAAAGCUGCCACCUCCGCCGUCGGAUCUUCCCAAAUGCUAGACUUCAAGGGCUUUGGAUUCGGCUCGUCCAUGGGAGGCUUCUCCCCAAGCCCUUUUCGUGUCUGUUCUCGUGAGUUUCUUUU